AUGGCUUCUAAGAACACCAGCGCACAGUCUGGAAGUGGCCUUUCCCCACUGUCCGAUGCCAAAUCCCAGCGCAUGUUCCAAGCGGCGCGUGAGUUUAUUCGCACGUGUUGGCAACAUGACGAUGACCGGUACGACCCCCUGAGGCAGGCGGUCGCCUCAGUGAUUCGCCAUGAGACGCAGUCCAUGCCGCAGUGGGAGGACGUUAUAACCAGUCUUUUGCACCACGAGCAUAAGGAAGUCGCUCGACCUUUCGGGGAGGAGCACAUCUGGCUGAUGAAACGAGCCAUCGGUGCCCAGAAUUAUAAGUUGACUCGCUUGCUUCUGGACGGCGGUUUCCCGCCCCCGUCUGAUCCACUGGGGACGCUUUUCGCACGGCCGUGGGACAAGGUCAAUGAGGAUUUAUUGGAGCUGCUGAUCUCUCAGGGGGCGAAGUGCAAGCACCCGGACUACUCCUCCUUCCGACCCUUGUGUCUCCUGCGCAACGAACGAUGGAUUCGACAAGCGUUGACGGACAAUCCGGAUUUCAUGUUGCGCUCGUGCUCGUGGGAUGAACCGGGGGUGUCUUUGUCUUUGUAUCCGAACAUGUCGCCGUGGAACUCGUGGGAUCAUGGGAGAGAUCCGGUGGCGUCGAACAAUUCCCACCGCCUGCACUGGAUCAUGGACUGCGUGCCGGCUCCGCUGGGAAUUAUCAAGGUGUUUCUGGAUAUGAAUCCCCCCUUGCACUGGGGUCUGUCCUUGCGCACGGCCCUGGCAGCAGGGAAGCCAGAGGUGGCAGUGGCGAUGGUCGCGAGGGAGGAGCAGUUCACGAAGCGAGGCUUGAUACUCGACAAAGAGGUGAUAGCGGCCGCCGACUUUGGCUAUCCCAGCGUCAUACAGGCCAUCUUCGAUCGAAAUGACCAUUCGAGUACGCGUGGUGGCAGCAUUCAAGAGCUUUGGCUCAAGAGGGCGCAGCUCAGCGCUUACCAACGUGGGCGCCUGCAUCGCAAGGCGGGGCUCAUGGUGUCUGGUGUUCUAACGCCGCUCAUAGGUGGCGCUUAUCGCUUGGAAUGUCAGAGUACUGAUCUUUCUGAGUGUCCGGACUUAUCAGAUAAGUCGCUUGUGUUCUAUUUAGAUCGCCGCUCUAUCUCUGCAACUCGGGGGGUGGAAUGUGCUCUCUUUUCGGAGGCAGGAUACAAGGUAGACUAUUCCAUUAACAAUCGAUGA